UGAAUCGCGUUUGGUGUUAACCACGGACGUUAAAAUUUACGUUAGUUCCACUUUGUGUUGCCGCAUUUUUAGUGUAUUGCCGAAAACAGUGAACGACGUACGGAGUCCCUUACCGCAGCCCCUAACGAGCACAAAAACUCAUCCCCUAUUGUCGUGUUGCCAGACGUCUAGCUUCCUUUUGUUAGCGAUAAACAAAUUCCAUUCUAUAAACCCUGCUUAACACUACGGCAACGCUGAACGUGAAGAGUAAAGCGAAACUAAAUUUUCUUAAUUAAUUUUAAUGAAGUGAUGUGUAAAACAAUAAAGAGCUCACGGUGCACUUGUCUUGAAUGUACUUUACAGUGCAGGAAGUUUGCUGUAGAAAAUAUGUCAUGCAAAAAGAAUAAUUGUAAAGUAGCACAGUUGUAGUUAAUGAACAAACAGAAACUCAGACGAAGAGAGUAUGGAGUCUAUGCCGAGAAUUCACUGACACUACUUGUUUUUUUGCUCUGCUUCUUGACGAACAAAAUACUAAAAAAAGCGGAACAGAAUAGAGGCAUAACUUAUUGUUGGCAUUUACGUUGCACAACAAAUAAACGGACGGUAUUUUAGUUUUUCAAUUCUUUGGAGUUAUAUUUGCCAGCUUUUUAAAAAUUAUUCCGUGGAGUCAGCUCGAAACAAGUGCUUAUACAUACAUGCAUAUGCAAGGUUACAAAAUAAAUAUUGAUCAAGUGUAAAAGUGUUUGGUUAAUCUUGCAGCAUAGCAAAACUAGCUGUUGCUUAAAUCAUUUCAUUAUAUUUCGCGCGUUAAUUUGUUGGGCCUGGAAUACGCAAAUUCAACUUGACACACAUCAUAAAAGCCUUUGUUGGAAAAACGGGAACACGCACGUCUAUGCCAAGCAAUAUGGCUGCAAACACUGACGAUCAAAUGAGUGAACCAACUACAAGUUCAUCGGCGACAUCGCCGCGAAAUAGCACAACCCGGCCAACGAUGCAACAACAACCCUUUGUUAUACCUAAUGAGGGCACAUAUCUAAAACCUGCAGCGAAACAGGCGUAUUUUAGUGAUGAAAAAGUGCUCAUACCACAAACUGAUCAGGUUGGCUUCAGCUUUCGCAAAUUAUGGGCAUUCACUGGUCCUGGGUUUCUCAUGUCUAUAGCAUAUCUCGAUCCGGGCAACAUAGAGUCAGAUUUACAAAGUGGAGCCGCAGCAAAAUAUAAAAUCUUAUGGGUACUUUUAUGGGCCACCGUAUUGGGCCUGCUGAUGCAACGCUUGGCAGCGAGAUUGGGUGUUGUGACGGGUCUGCAUCUGGCGGAGAUGUGCUAUCGGCAAUAUAGAAAAUUUCCGCGUGUCAUUCUUUGGAUAAUGAUCGAAAUCGCCAUUAUCGGCUCAGAUAUGCAGGAAGUGAUUGGCACAGCAAUUGCCAUAUAUCUGUUGUCCAAUAAAUUAGUGCCACUGUGGGGAGGAGUACUUAUAACAAUCGUUGAUACGUUUACCUUUUUAUUCUUGGAUAAAUAUGGUUUGCGGAAACUGGAAUUUCUCUUUGGCUUUCUGAUCACAGUAAUGGCUGUGACUUUUGGUUAUGAGUACAUCGUCUCUGCGCCGAGUCAGGCUGAAGUGAUGAAGGGCAUGUUUGUACCAUGGUGCAGCGGUUGUGGGGCCAACGUUCUACUGCAGGCGGUAGGCAUUGUGGGCGCUGUGAUAAUGCCCCACAACCUUUAUCUACAUUCGGCCCUGGUGAAAUCACGUGAUAUCGAUCGCCGUCAACCGAAAAAAGUGAGCGAGGCGAAUUUUUACUUCUUCAUUGAGGCGGCGGUGGCGCUCUUUGUGUCCUUUAUAAUAAAUCUAUUUGUUGUUGCGGUCUUCGCACAUGGCAUGUUCGGUAAAACCAAUCAAGAUGUGCUUGAUGUAUGCGUGAAUCAAACGAUGUACGAAGAUGCGAAGCUUUCAUUUAAGGAUAGUAAUAAUAAUACAGAUCUCAUCGAUGCGGAUAUUUAUAAAGGUGGCCUAUUUUUGGGAUGCACUUUCGGCGCAGUGGCUAUGUAUAUUUGGGGUGUUGGCAUUUUGGCAGCAGGUCAAAGUUCUACGAUGACUGGAACUUAUGCGGGUCAAUUUUCCAUGGAAGGCUUUUUGAACCUACAAUGGCCACGGUGGCGUCGUGUCCUCUUCACUCGUUUGAUUGCCAUUAUACCCACAUUCUGUUUGGCAUUCUUCACCCAAAUGGAAGAUUUAACACAUUUGAAUGACAUACUGAAUGCGGUGAUGUCGUUACAGUUGCCAUUUGCAGCCAUACCAACGAUAGCAUUCACCUCAUGUGCGGCCAUAAUGGGUGAAUUUGUGAAUGGAAUCACCAACAAGGUCAUCUCUAUACUGUUAACUAUAGUUGUAAUAACAGUAAACAUCUACUUCGUCGUUGUACAAGUGCAGACAGCUUCUUUGGAAGGUGGCUUUGUAGCAUUAGUUUGUAUAGUUGCAGCUUUAUAUUUGCUUUUUAACCUAUACCUUGUGAUACAUAUGGUUGCGUGCAUGGGCAAUCAAAGAUUUGUAAAUAAUCGGUGGGUCCAGAGGUUUGUGCUUCCCAGUCAGAACAGCUUUACGAUAAAGAACGUAAAUUCGACCUAUGCAAGAAUUUCACCGGACGGCGAUCGGGAAGCAGAUGUACCUUUCGGCGAAGAAGAAGAUGCAUAGCCACUACUGCGUGAAAUUGAUUCCGAGUGCAGUGAUGACAGCGAUGACACACUCUUCAAGAGCAACAACAACACAUCGAAUAAUCACGGUCUUUCCAGCAUUAUCAGCUAGCACAUGCGACACUAUUGGUUAGAUGACUCUAACAUUCGUUUCGAAACUUCUAACAUCGUUGCCCUCAUGCAAAUGCAGAUCUUCAUAUAUUAGCAAUAGUCGGACCAAAGGAACAAUCAGACACAGCAACAACAACAGCCGCAAUAAAUAAUUUUGUAAACAUUACAGCAAUGAACAAAAUGCAAAUGUUCAUAUUUUUUUAUUGUAUAAAAACAAUAACAACAACAAAAAAUAUCAGCAUCAUCAUCAUCUAGGCGUUAAGACAUCAGAUUUUUUAAUGCAUUUAGAUGAGAUGGCACACAUGUAUGAAAUGAUUGGAGAAUUUUGAUGAAAAUGAUUAGUACAACAGUUGAUGGACCAAUGCGGCAAGUCGUCAUUGGGACUUAUAAGUAACUAUGAGAAAGUGAAAAACUAAAAGACAUCUAAGUGGAAUCAAUUAGGCAAUUAUUUUCUAUUUUUUAAAUAAAUUCUGGUAAAAUUUGAUAUCGACAAAGACAUUUACAAAAAAAUUAAAUUAAAAUUAUAUAUAUGUUGCUUUUUAAAACUUAAAUAAUGGUAAAUGUUAAAAUUAUGUGCUAUUUUAAAAUUUUUAUACCAUAUAAGAAAAUAAAAUAUUUCGCUUUCGCUUUUUCCACAAUUGUAAAUAUGUAUGACAAUACUGUGCUCUCUAAAAAAUUAGAAACUGUAAAACGAAAAGAAAUUUAAAUUUUAAGAUGUAUGGUACAUGGUAAGGCUGUGAGGUUUGUAGUAGGAACCGGCAAAAAGCGUAAAAACUUAAUUAUAAAGUUUUAAGAAAAAAUACUUAAAUUCUAUUAAUUAAUAAGAUUUUAAUUGUUGAUGAUGUGUGAUUAAAUCAAAAAUGGUUGCAAUAUUUUUUUAAAAGUAUUGUAUAUGGAUACAUAUUUUAAUAAACAUGUUUAUAAUAUUGCUUGAAUGCUAGAAGAACGUUAAAACCAAAAAAGAAAAAAAAAAAAAUUAAUAAAAAAAUAAAGCCGUUUUUUUAAUUUAGUAUGCAGAAAUGGCCUUGGCUAAUUAUUACAUACUUUGUGUUAUGCAAAAUAUUCAAGGUAAUUAUUACAAGAAAUCAGGUCUUUAUUUUUACUUAGGGAAAAAUGGUGCAUAGAAAAAUUCCAUUUACUCGAAUUCUCGAUGUUUUGAGUUAUGUCGUUCUUGCAGUAAGCGGGUAAUAUGUAAUAUGUGUCUACAAGUACAUAUUUCUACUUAAUACGAGGGCUACUCUUUAUAAUGUGAGCCUUAGCAAACAUAAGCGUAACCCUCAUGGGGAGUGGUAACCAACGUAACCUUAUGGAGGAUUAUUAAUAUUAAAAUUCCGAAUGUUUUAUCAAUUGAGAACGAUCUCUGUUGUUUACGGUUAAUCGAACUCAGUUCUUUUGUACUCACUUUUGGCGAUGAUGCUCCUUCCUUCGACAUUGUGAAUUGCUGCAAUAACUAAUUUUAUAGCAGACUAAAUCCUUUGCUCAAGAAAAAUCGGAAAACAUUUGAUCCGUUCCCGCACGUUUAGUAAAAGUAUACCAGAAUGUAUAGAAUGCAUAGAUGCGGCGAAAAUUAAACCGGUAAUCGGCUCUCAGCGAAUUUGAAGGAAUCAUAUGAUUUGCUGACGUAAUAAGGGAAACUACAGUGAUUUGUUUACAACAAAGGUCGAUAAAAACUGAGAUAUAAAAAAAUUAAUGGAGCCCACGACUAUAUUACUUCAUUGACAUCUGAACAACGACUGACUGGAAGAGCGUAAAAAUAAAUGUGAAAUAUGCGGCCACAAUUGUGCCAAGUUCCCGUAAGACAAAGUCAUUCUUGUAAUUUUGCUUCGGAUUACCAAAUCUUGUAUUUCUAUCAUUCUUGGUAAAAUCUGUAAAAAAAUGUAUCAAGAUUAAAAACAUACUCCAAGGACUUGGCUGGUAACAAAUAUGAGAUCCAUGGGUAUUUUAUGUGUUUUUGAUUACUAGGCUCGCAAUACAAAAAGUAACCCUCGUACCUAUACUUUUGUUCUCAGUUGGAUUUUUAUUUAAAAAGUUGUACAAUUGGAUCAUUAUAAGGAAAUUCAUGAAAUAGUACUAGUACUCGUACAUGUUCAAGGGAACUCAAAUUGUUAUUUUGUCCGGGUGAUUGCUUUGUAUGUAUUCAGUUCCAUGUGUGCUUUAUAUAGUCUAUUAUAUUAGUUAAUAACAAAUAUAAGUUCUUAUGUUG